UUGAGGCUGUGGGCCACCACCUCUCUCUGGCCCAUCACAUCUUGCCCACCUUCAAUUCUCUCCUUUUCCUAAAUGUUUUAUUGGGUAUUAUAAUACUGUUCAAAAUAAAUUAGUAAAUAAUAUAUUGCCUAUAAAACUGCAAAUCCAAACGUAGUUUAGGGUUCCCAUUCCCUUCGAAUUUUAUGAUUUUGGGUAUCAGCAAUCAUCAUCUAAUCACCGGGUUUCAGUCUUCAAUUCAAAGCUUCCGUUUUUGUUUAGGGAUACUUAUAAAAGAUUGGGGGUUGAUUUGAACAUUAGGCUACUGGAAUGAUAGUUUGUUUUUCUCGAUCUUGAUCCAAAGGGACCCUUUUCAGAUUUAUGGAUUUGGAAGGUGAAAAUUCUGCUCUUGAAUCUGUUGAAGACAAUGACUUGACAACCAAUCUGGAUAGUGUUUCAAAUCUUGAUCAGAAUAAGGGCAAGCUUAAGGCUAAUGGGUCUUGUUCAAAUGAGAUUCACAACAUGAAUACUAAUAGCAUUGUUGAUGCAAGUACUGAGCAUCAUGAUGGACAAGUUAAAGAAGGUGAAAGGAGUGAGCAGUUAGAGUGUGAGAAUUCUGUGAAUUCUCAGCCUUCAACGGCUAAAUCUCCUGUUGCAGGGUCACCAACUGCAACUAAAGGAUAUGGGUUGAGAAAGUGGAGGCGACUUAAAAGAGAGGUUGUUAAGGAUGCUAAUGCCAGUGCUGAUAACAGUAAAAUUUUGAAGCGGGGAUUGUCUACUUCCGGGACUAGACCAGCAAACUUAUUGUCAGCUGAGAUCAAGCAAAGUAAUGAGGUUUCUACUGGAUCUGCUAAUGUGUUAAAAAAUAUGGGUGUAAUUGAUGGGUUGGCAAUUCGUGGUCCAAGUUUGGAAUCUAGAUUUGCAGUGGGCUCUGCUUUUUCUCUAGGCAUAGAUUCUGAGAAUAGUGAUGAUCGAAGUAGCAAGUCUUCGACAGCUGCCAGUGCUCCAAGAUUGAGGCAUGAUCUUCCUGCAGUGUUGGGAUACAUGCGGGAGAGGAACAGAAUCAAGAAUUUGAGCGGGAAGAGUGUUUCCAGCUCAACUCAACGAAUUCCACAAGGGAAGGGACAGGCAGAAAGUAGUAAGAAGCAUAGAGGAGAAAAGGUCAAAAUUGAGAAGGAAAACUCUCAUUCCAGUGUGGAAUCUGACUCAAGGAGCUCCAACUUUGUCUUUCUGCAGGGUGUUUGUUCUGUGACCAGUAAUGGAAUUCAAAGUGAAAAUUAUGAUGGAGAAAACAGUGAUGAUGGCCAUGCAGGUGAGCAACAAUUUAGUGAGGAAGUUCAGACUGGUUAUGGCCAAGGGAAUGUAGGAGAAGUUGAAAAUGCUUCACAUGAUGAUUUAGCUGCAGACGCUUCUUGGGAGGACAAGGAAGAGAAAAGUAAGAGCCAUCAGCCUUCAGCAGAUCAAGAUCCUUUGGUUGAGUCUCUUAUUACCCUCCAAACAGUGCAGGAAGUCCUUGAAAGUGAGGUUCGAAAAUUUGAGGAAAUUGGGAAGAUUACCAGCAUUCCUCUAGAUUCCACUUUUACUGACAGGGGAAUCCAUGAGUCAAGCUCAUCUGACCAGUUUGAUUCUGAAAAUGUCAGACAAUCAAGUUCCUUGGAAUCUCAAGUGUUAAGCUUGACAGAAAAUGUAAAAUAUUUGGAAAGCAAACUAGAGGACGCAAACGUUACGCUCACUGUAAAGGAAUCCAGGAUUGUAGAACUCGAAAAUACCUUGAUUAGUGCCAAGUCACCAACAGAAGAAUCAGGAAACACCGCAGAGUUGCAGCAUGAGAAAUCGAGAGAGAUUGAAACUGAGCUUGAGGGUCUAUUCAAGCAAAAGGUCGAGGCCGAGGUUGAGUAUUUGACCCUGAAAACAAUGAUACAGAAGGUGAGAGCUGCUGCAGGCGAUCAACCCGCUCUGUUUGAACAACAGGAAGCCCUGGCUGGUGAGCAAGCGCAAGUGCUGAACAAGCUUGGGGAGGCAGAGAAGAAGGCCUCUAUGCUUAAGAAACAAGCGGAAGAGGUGGAGAAAUACCGCGGAGAUAUUAUAGGGACUGAAGAGGUGUUGAAGAUGCAGAGGAGAGUAUGCAAGGCUACUUCAUGUUUCUUUAUCCAGUUGAGUUUGCUUAUCUUGGUGUUUUGGUUAUUAGUGUUGCAGAUAUCACCCCAUUCUGGGGAUGUUGUACCCACCUAAAGUACUUGAGGAAGAUAGAAACCUUUAUUUUUUUUGUUUUUUUGUGAAAUUUCUGCAUUUGUAGGAAAAAAUCUGAAUGCUGAAUUUUGUUGAUAGAUUUCUCUUUUUCAUGCUAUGGGUGAUUGGAGGGGUUGGAGUUGUAACAAAGUUUUCAGGUUCUGUUGUGCACAUUUGUAAUACUAUCUGUUUUAAUAAUUCUUUUGAGGAGAGCAUCAUCAUAA